AUGUCUGAUGAUAACUCAACUCCAGAUCCUUGGGAUUCUGGUGAGAAAGACGAAUCGCAGGAUGAACUCGACGGUUGGGAUGAUGGCAAUGAAGAAGAGCAGAAAGAAGAGAAGAACGACGAAGAAUCUUUUGAUGCCGAAAAGGACAGAGAAGCCAAUGGAGAUUUUGAUGAAGGGGAUAAAAGCGAGGACGCUUACAGACAGCGAUGGGGUUUUGAUCGAGGUGGUUGA